AGUCACCAGAGCUCCUGACGGAUAGGUAAAGCCGGAACAAGAUCGCCGGGGCUCACAGCUAUCGCCGCGGGGGCGAGCGAAGAAAAAGCGUGAUGCAAACCCAUUCUCUCUCGCCUCUCUUUCUCCCCUUAAACCUCUCCUAUCCCUCCCCCUCCCCUCGCCCUCAACCUAAAAAUCCCAUCUUUCCUCUUCUCUCCCGCGUCCUCUCCCCCAAAUCCCCCUUCUUGAGGCGAACCCAUGUCCCCUUCUCCUCCCCCGUCGACGGCCUCGGCAAAGAAUCCGAGCUUGAGCUCCUUGGCAAACCGUCCCCGAUCCCAAUCCCCGACGACAGCGAACCCUCCGCCCCCCGAAGGCCCCCGGAUAUGGAAGAGGCCCUAGCCCCGUUCUUGAAGUUUUUUAAACGAAGGGAAUCCGACUCCGAAGCCAAGAUCGGAGAAGAGAGCGAGCCGGAUGAAACUAGAGAACCCGCCGAGGAGGAGAAAGAAAAAGAAGAGGUCGUCGGCGUCCGGAUUCAGUACUAUGAUCCGAAGCCCGGGGAUUUUGUGGUCGGCGUGGUGGUGUCGGGGAAUGAGAACAAGCUCGACGUGAACAUCGGCGCCGACAUGUUGGGCACGAUGCUGACCAAGGAGGUGCUUCCGCUCUACGAAGCAGAGCUGCCGUACCUGUUGUGCGAUUUGGGGAGGGAUGCCGGGGAGUUUUUGGUUCCAGGAAAGAUGGGGAUUGUGAAGGAUGAGGAGGCCUUGAGUGGUCGCAGGAUGCCCGGAAGGCCAGUUGUCGAGGUGGGGACGGUUCUUUUUGCGGAGGUGCUCGGUCGCACACUGAGCGGGCGGCCGCUGUUGUCAACGAGAAGGAUGUUUCGGAGGGUCGCGUGGCACCGAGUGAGGCAGAUAAAGCAGCUCAAUGAGCCAAUUGAGGUUAAAAUUUUUGAGUGGAAUACUGGAGGGCUUCUCACCAGAAUCGAGGGUCUGCGAGCAUUUCUUCCUAAAGCUGAGUUGAUGAACAGAAUUAAUAAUUUCUCCGAUUUGAAAGAUAAUGUCGGUCGCCAGAUGCUUGUGUGUAUUUGCAAGAUUGAUGAAGCUACCAAUAACAUUAUAAUCAGCGAGAAAGAAGCUUGGGACAUCUUAUACCUUAAAGAAGGAACUCUUUUAGAAGGGACUGUUCGCAAAAUUUUUCCAUACGGAGCACAAGUUAGGAUAGGUGAGACUAACAGAAGUGGGUUACUGCAUAUUUCAAACAUAACUCGUUCCCAUGUUACAUCUGUAAGCGAUGUACUAAAAGUGGAUGAGAAGGUGAAAGUUCUGGUGGUGAAGUCAAUGUUUCCUGACAAAAUUUCCCUUAGCAUCGCAGAUCUUGAAAGCGAGCCUGGACUAUUUCUUUCAAACAAAGAGAAAGUGUUUUCUGAGGCUGAAGAGAUGGCUAAAAAAUAUCGACAAAGAUUACCACUCGUUUCUGCAACUCGUAAGUUAAAAUCGCUCCCAGAUGAUGCACUCCCCUUUGAUGACGAAGCUAGAUUGUACUCAAACUGGAAAUGGUUCAAAUUCGAACAACACAAUGAAGGGACAGGUAAUGAUAGCACCAUAUUAUGACGGUAAUGUUAAGAAAUUCUGGGACCAUUUUAGAUGAGAUCAUUCUGAUCUUCAGUCAAAGUUGGAGCCUGAAUGCUUUGCAACUGGGAAAGGGCUGAAGUCCUGCGACAUUCCAAGCUGCAUUGACGAAUUGUUCUUGAGAUUGUGUUGUACAAAAUCAGAAGCGGCCGGGAAUGUGCUCAGAAUUAUUGUCCAAGUAUGAAAGCAAGAUUUAGUUCUACCUCACUAUUUGUUCAUCCUAUUGAUUCCAUGUAGGAAUUCUGUCACCACCUAUUAUGUUGCAUCGACAGUGCAACAUCAUCCCUACUAUGGGCACCAAUCUAUUAUUGUGUAGACAUUUGCGUCUUGAGGCUUCAAGUAGACGUUCUGUGAAGAGAUAUGGGUAAAGUUGGAUUAUUGCAUGCAUUGUACAAUGAGAUACACCGCAGCUAGCAGAUAAAAAAUAAUUUUGCAUGGA